AUGUUUCUAUCGCAAGGUGAAAUUUCGGGGCUCAAUUGGCGUCAGAAAUUUCCACUAGCUUACCUACAGGCAUCUGGGGCCUCUCUCACGAACAAGCAACGGGCUGCCAGCUCACGCUGGCCUUUGACAGGUCCCAGGAUCCAGGAAUACUGUCGCAAACAUGAUCUGGAACACACAGCUAUCUCUUUGGACCGUGCUCUUCUUGACAGUGAGCGUGAUAUACCAACUCCGGUAUUACACAUCGUCACGCCCCCUGCGGCAAAACCAGGUGGACCGACAAUAUUCUACUCGCAUGGCGGUGGAUAUCAUAACCCAAUGCGAGCAGAGGGGCACAUCCCAUUCUUGAUGCGCUGCGCGGCGGCCUGUGAAGCGGAGCAGAUCGUAUUCUUGGAGUAUUCACUCAGUCCCGAGCAGCAAUACCCGUGUCAACUGAUUCAAGCUGUGGCCAGCCUUCGCUAUCUUCUGGAGAAGGAGGGCAUUCAAGCGGAGAACAUUAUCCUUGGCGGCGACAGCGCAGGCGGACAUCUAACAGCGAGCCUGUUGGCUCAUAUUGCCCAUCCUUCGCCGUACGCCCCUGCAAUUGAUCUUCGCGGUAGUCAAUUCAAGGCUGUCUUUCUCGUCUCCCCUUGGUUGACGAUGUCGGAGAACCUCCCACACGCGCCGAACGAUUAUCUAACACAAGAGAGAGUCAAUAUGUUCAGGAAGAUGUUUAAACCCGCAUUGAAUGAACUAUGGAGUAAUCCGUACGAGGCGGAGGACGCAGUCGCCGUCUGGAAGAGACUCUUUCCAGGUGAACAUGAGCACGCGAUAUGCCGCAAGGCAAUCUUAGCUGUGGGGACGUCGGAAAUUCUUCUGAAUUCCUGCCAGAAAUUUGGGCGGGACUUUAUGGGAUGUGAAAGCAUUCGUGUUGGCACUAAGACAGGCCUUGACCUGGUGAAGCAAAGGGACUUUGUUCUUGCAAUAGCCCCUGGCGAGUCUCAUGUUCAGCCCGGUCUUGAUUGCGCCUUGGCGUAUUACGAUGGAAGUAUGAUGAAGGCAAUCCUGACCUUCCUUGAAACUUGUUUGGAAAUAAGUGGGACUCCAUGA